AUGGGGAUGAUGAAAGUGAUAAUGAUGAUGGUGUUAGUUGGAAUCCUAAUAGGAGAGGUCAAGACUCAGUCAGGUGAGGAUUGUGUGAGACGUUGUCAGGAUGUGUGCUCGACCAAUCUGGAUCCAAAUUGCGUCCCCAAUUGCAUUUCACUUAAAUGUCCUCAUUUUUUACCUACCAAUAUUCAUCAUUCUAACAGGAUGAAGGCUACAUACAAUAAUGAAAUCAGAGGAUAA